GCAUCAAGACUUGUCAGAGAGCAACACAAUAGCAGAUCACAGCCACCAACUGCUCCCUAGUCCUAGCGUUGAGGAAAUUCUCUAAAUAUCUACUGCCAGAGAGAACAGUGUCGGGAUACAAAGACGACUGCAGAUCACCACUCUGUCAGAUCUCAUGGCUCCAUUUCUAUUCCUGUUGUUCCUUCUUUCUGAAGCAGCUUCUGAUCUGAUGGUGGUACCAGUGCGCCCUGGAGAUGAAGUCAUUCUGCCAUGUCAGGCUGAUGAUCCCUUCAUCAGAGCUGUAAAGUGGACCAGAGCUGACCUAAAGACAGAUAACGUCCUCUUAUACACAGAUGGACACUUGAAUACAACCCACCAGAAUCCAUCCUUUAAGGACAGGGUGGAGCUGGUGGACAGAGAUCUGAAGGACGGAGACAUGUCUUUAAUUCUGAAGAAUGUGAACAUUAACGACACUGGAACAUACAAGUGUCGAGUUAAAACCAAUGAUACUGACCAAAUCAGACUCAUCAGCACCAUCCGUCUGCAGGUUACAGACCUGAUUGUAGUAACAGUGGAUCCUGGAGAUGAUGUCAUUCUGCCAUGUCAGGCUGCUGAUUCCUCCAUCAUAUGUGUAGAGUGGAGAAGACCUGACCUGAAGCCAGAUGACCUCCUCUAUUACAGAGAUGAAUACUGGAAUACAACCUACCAGCAUCCAGACUAUAAGGACAGGGUGGAGCUGGUGGACAGAGAUCUGAAGGGCAAAGACGUGUCUUUAAUUCUGAAGAAUGUGAGCAGACAUGACACUGAAACAUACAAGUGUAUAGUUAUGACCCGUGGUUCUGGACGUACAAAAGGAGACAUUGACUUUUACAAAAUCAUAACCACCAUCCGUCUGCAGGUUAUAGACCUACCUAUGGUAACUGUUGAUCCUGGACAUGAUGUCAUUCUGCCAUGUCAGGCUGCUGAUUCCUCCAUCAGAGCUGUAGAGUGGACCAGACCUGACCUGGAGCCAGAUAUUGUCCUCUUAUACAGAGACGGACACCUGGAUGCAGCCGACAAGCAUCCAUCCUUUAAGGACAGGGUGGAGCUGGUGGACAGAGAUCUGAAGGACGGAGACGUGUCUUUAAUUCUGAAGAAUGUGACUAUCAACGACACUGGAACAUACGAGUGUGGAGUUAAAACCAAUUGUUUAACACGUAAAAAGAGAGACACCAACUCUGACCAUAUCAGAAUCAUCCAUCUGCUGGUUCCAGACCUGAUGGAGGUAACAGUGCGCCCUGGAGAUGAUGUCAUUCUGCCAUGUCAGGUUGCUGAUUCCUCCAUCAGAGCUGUAUUGUGGACCAGACCUGACCUGGAGCCAGAGUACGUCCUCUAUUACAGCGAUGGACACCUGGAUCCAACCUACCAGCAUCCAUCCUUUAAGGACAGGGUGGAGCUGGUGGACAGAGAUCUGAAGGACGGAGACGUGUCUUUAAUUCUGAAGAAUGUGAGCAGACACGACGCUGGAACAUACGAGUGUCGAGUUAAAACCGAUGGUUCAACACGUAAAAAGAGAGGCAUUGAGCCAAUCAGAAUCAUCCGUCUGCAGGUUCCAGAUUCCAAAGGAAACUUUCUUAUAUACGUUGUGGCAGCAGGUGUUGCCGCUGCAUGUUGA